GAGAAACAGCAGCGUCUUUGUUUGCACCGGAACAGAUUUCCGGUCGGACCGUGUGAGGAUCGUGACGUGGUGAUUGGUCACUGAGCUGCACCUCGGAAUUUAGCAACUUAGCGUGAACUCCUUCGUGAUCAGGCCUCCGGACUCGAGUCCUUUCACAUCGAGAACACUCGGUUCGUGCGGAGUGAGAAGUUUGUUGCUUUGUUUUCGUCGCGACUCGAACUGUUUUGCUGCGGAUUCGUCUGGGUGAGGGAGUGUGUGAGCGAGUGACGGCGGCAGCAUGAAGCUCUACAGCCUCAGCAUCAUUUACAAAGGAGCAUCCAAGUCCAACCUCCUCAAAGCGGCCUACGACCUGUCCUCCUUCAGCUUCUUCCAGCGCUCCAGUAUUCAGGAGUUCAUGACCUUCACCAGUGCCUUGAUCGUUGAGCGAACAUCCCAAGGAAGCCGUGCCUCUGUCAAAGAACAAGAGUACUUGUGCCAUGUGUAUGUGAGAAAUGACAACCUGGGUGCCGUGGUCAUCGCAGAUACUGAAUACCCACAGAGAGUCUGUUUCACAUUGCUGGAAAAAGUACUCGAUGAAUUCUCCAGGACAGUGGACAGUAUAGACUGGCCCUCUGGUAACCCUGGUACCAUAACCUACGCAGCCCUAGAUAGUCAUCUUUCUAAAUACCAGAACCCCAGGGAAGCAGAUGCAAUGACCAAAGUGCAGGCAGAGCUGGAUGAGACAAAGAUCAUUUUGCACAACACCAUGGAAAGUUUGUUGGAUAGAGGAGAGAAGCUGGACGAUCUCGUGGCAAAGUCGGAACAUCUGGGAAACCAGUCCAAAGCCUUCUACAAGACUGCACGGAAACAGAACUCAUGCUGUGAAAUCAUGUGAUGUCGCUGCCUCGUCCUCGUGGACACACUCGUCUCUGCCUUUCUGCUUUUCCUACAUCUCCCAUCAUGCACUGGUCACCAGCUCUCCACAACAACGGAUAGAACUGACGCUGUCUGGCGCAAGGAUGACAGCAAGAAAGGGGGGAAGGUGGUGGCCAGUGAUGGAAGUGUGACGUAUCUGGAUUGUGACUGAUGGGGGCUGAAGGAGUGAUGGGAUUUGGUCAGGGGAAGACGUAACCUUUGAAUUAUUUUUAACAUCUCAAAUGGUAAUCAUCUGUACGGUGUUUCAAUACCAGCUGACGAUAUAAUAGUGUGACAUUGUGUAUCGGUGAUGUUUUACCUUCAAACCAUUUAAUGUUGUUCAGAUUGAAUCAAAUCUCGAUAGUUUGAUCUCAAAACUUAAUUUGUUUGACAGAGUAUUAACCCCAGUUGUGCUUUUGCUUCAAGGCAUCUCUGACAAUCCCACAGUCUUAACUUAUGAAUUCAUACAGUGUGUCACUGUUUAGGUUCAAUUCUUCAAAACUCAAACGGAUUAUCUUGCAGGCAUAACCUUUGUGCCCACUAGGUGGCCCUGUUCAUAUACUUUAUUCCUCCAAUGAGACUCGGUGAUGAGGUCGAACGGAAAACUAAUGUCAACCAAGACAGCGAGCGACUGCUUGGAGGUUCGAUAUCAAAAUCUCACAGGAUUUUAUGUUGAUUUUUAAAUAUCUUUAUGAUACUGGAUUAAGUUACAGAGUUUCUUUGCUUUUCUCUUUCUCAUGGUAUUAAAUUAAAUCUUAAACAUUCCCACUUUGGGUGAUUGAGUUAUUGUGUGAUGAUGCAUCUUAAAAUUGAUGAGAAGUUGGAGAUUAGAUGUCAAAUGUAGAAAGAUGUUUCUCCAGGGAUGCAGCCUUAUUGCAGUGUGGCUUAACAUGUAACCCUCCUGUCCUGUGUAAGAAUUGUCACCUAUAAAGAGCAGAGCAGGACCUGUAAGCUAUUGUCUUCUUCUCUGCAUACCGUAGCCGUGCUCUCUGCUGUGGAAGCCAACACAUGACACUUUGGCACACUUUUUUUUUUUAAUUUGCACACUCAGACCGCUGCAGUUCACGGCUCGUCUGUACCUCAGGUGCUGUUGCACUUCCCUGGCCCUCCUAUUGUGUGCCGUCAUCACAAAAUGAGUGAUUUCAUACUACAUUUUUAUUUCAAGACACUCCACGGUUGACUUUGUGUUCCUGUGAGCACUGCUUGUGUUGUGUCUGACUGGAAAUUUAUUUCUUCUUGAACUGCUGAUCAGUUUCAAAUGAAGACAUGCCUUUGGUGGUGUAUUUUAAGACUGCUCUCUGCUGUAUGUGAGUAUGAUUUGCCGAUAUACAAAAUCUGCAGGCUGCAUUGACGUUGAGUGCCUGUGUGUUUGUGUGUGUAAGUGAGAACAGAAUUUGCUCUUUCUGCUUUUACAGUGUAAACGUUUGUGCAAUAUCUCUGCAGACUGUUGGUGUCGCUCUUUGAAGCAGGGGGAAUAAAUUGAGAUAUUUCCCAUAAAUGACAGUAAAUUUGACCUUUGUAUUUGCUAUUUUUAUGACUAACUCCGAUGUGGGGCUUGUCCAGGGUUCUUUGAGAUAUUUGUCUGAUUUCUUCUUUUCAAAAAAAAAAAAAUCCCAAUUCAUGUGCUGAAUUUAAGUCUGUGGAGUUGUACCAUGGCUAUUUGCAGGUUAGGUCUUACUGACCAGUGUUAAACGUUUUCAUCCAGAUGUGGUCUGCAAAUUUUAAUCAGUUAGAAUGACUUCAGCUAAUAAACAGUUCUUUCCUAUCUGUAUUAACAGUUUGUAUUUGGAACACUGCUUUGUUCAAAAACAGACUAUGUGAUAAACAGAACAAUAACUUC